AUGACGCGCGCGCAAAUCCGCCGCGUCGCCGUGAUAGGCGCCGGGAUUAGUGGUGUCGUGUCGGCGGCGCAUCUGCUCGAUGCCGGGUUGGAGGUUGUUGUUUUUGAACGGAGUCAUGCGGCUGGGGGAGUUUGGUUAUAUGAUGAGCGCCGACCACUCGAACCAUCGUAUAAGCAGCUGAAGCCGCUUGAGGCCGAGGGCUUUUUCGAUACGGAUGGGGAUGGGCAUGGGGGGUCGAAGGUUCUUAGCCAUGCGCCGCCGGGACCAUGCUACCAAGGCCUGAAGAACAACGUCUCUACACCGCUGAUGCGGGUCACGCUAAAUGCAUGGCCAGAGGGCACACCCGACUUUGUGAGCCACAGUGUGAUGAAGGAGUAUAUCCAGGAUACGUCGAGGAAGACGCGGGUGGAGGAUGUCACGAUCUACGGGGCGCGGGUGAAGAAUGUGUUAAAGCAGGGCGAGGCAUGGAACGUUACAUGGUCGACGCUGAGGGAAGACGGUGCGGGAGUUAUAGAGCAAGAGAUUGAUUCAAUCUUCGACGCCGUCGUCGUUGCCUCGGGUCACUAUCACACGCCUCGGAUCCCCGAAACACCUGGUCUCGCAGAGGCCAAGGCGCGAUGGCCAAAUCGGAUCAUGCAUUCCAAGGGGUAUCGCAAGCCCGAAGGGUUCGAGGGAAAGAACAUCCUCCUAAUCGGCGGCGCCGUCUCAGCCAUCGACAUCGCGCGCGAAAUCAGCUCGCAGGCAGACACAAUCUACCAGAGCACACGCAAUGGAGAGUUUGACAUUGCAGCCAGCAUCCUCCCCGAGAAUGGCGUGCGGAUCAGCGAGAUUGAGCGGUAUGAGAUUCUCGAGGAUACCAAGACCGAGUCCCCCGACGAGAAUACAGCUCUACCGCUGCCAUUGAAAAUCCACCUGAAAUCCGGACAGACACUUUGCAACGUACACGAAAUCAUCAUCUGCACGGGAUACCAGUUUACGCUCCCAUUCCUGCCAGAGUACCACAACGACAGACUCACGCCCGCAGAAGCCGACGAGAGGGUCCUCGUCACAGACGGAACGCAGGCACAUAACCUGCACAAGGACAUCUUCUACAUCCCCGAUCCCACCCUCGCAUUCGUGGGAGUCCCCUUCUACACGGCUACAUUCACCCUCUUUGAGUUCCAGGCUAUAGUCGUUGCGAACGUUCUUUCGGGGAUUGCAGAGCUCCCAGCCGAGAGUGAGAUGAGACAAGAGUACAAUGAGAGAGUAGCUAGAAAGGGUGUAGGAAAACGGUUCCAUUCGCUCAAGGAUAUCGAGGAGGCGUAUGUGGAUGACCUGCUAGAUUGGGUGAAUGGCUUCCGGGCGGAACGCGGUCUCGCUAAGAUUGAGGGCCACACUCCGACAUGGCACCAGGCGAAAGAAGCGCAGCGCGAGCGGCUGAAAUCCUUCUUUGAGGACAGUGGCAGCAGGCGAGAUAGUGGGAUCGGGGGCCUUCCGGAGGUGGCGAGCUGCACCGCAUGAUUCUUGAUUCACCUGCAUACAUAGUUGAGAGCCUAAGCACACUUGAUAGAAAGCUAGAGCACCUCUUAACGCCGAUAACCAGGAAUUUAUCGAAAACCCUCCGCACAACACGCCACACACCCCAGAACAAGAAAUAAAAACCCUCCGAAGCUCGACCUUAUCAAUCAACUCACAGCCAGCUAAACUUCCCCUUGCGCAGUACGCACAGAAAUGAGGUGCUCCUUGCAUGCCGAUCAGAAACAAGACAGACGGGCGAUAUCUUACCCCUCCCAAGCCGUCGAAUAAGCUUGCCAAUUUGCUUAACUCGCGCGGUGGCGUUGGGGAGCUGAUUGGUGCAGUGGGGGUGAUGAGGUGCGUGGUGCUGCCGAUGAGCAAUAUUUAGGGCUCGGCUCGCCCGCUGCGCGAGUUUAGCUGCGAUGACCCCAUCGUCGAGUCGGAUGGUUUUUGGGACUUCCAAGCGGGUUAUCUGUGUAACAUGGUAUAAAAGAUUUCGUGGG